GAUAGCGUGUGUGAGCGCACCCAGUGUGUACCAGAAGUUGAAGCAGGGUGUGGUGGACGGCUCUGAUCGGGUGUCCGCCGUCGUGUUGGAGUACGACCGCCGUUUCGCCGCCUACGGCAACGACUUUGUCUUCUACGACUACAACGAGCCGCUGUCCAUUGCGGCCAGCGUGGCUCCUCAGAGCUUCGACAUCGUCCUCGCCGACCCGCCGUACCUGUCGGAGGAGUGUCUGAGCAAAGUGGCCCAAACCAUCAAGUACCUGAGCAAAGGCAAAGUGCUGCUGUGCACAGGAGCCAUCAUGGAGAAAAUCGCCAAAGACCUUCUGGAUGUCAGAAGGUGCAGCUUCCUGCCAAAACACAACAGACAAUUGUCCAACGAGUUCCGCUGUUUCGUCAACUAUCCGUCUCGCCUGCUGUCCUGCUGAGGAGCUGAAGAUGGACAGCUCACACCGACGUUCUCCAGCACAGCGUUCUACAGCUGUGGUCUCGUACUGUCGAGGAAUGAAGGAAUUCAUUAAGGGAGAGGACAUCUUCAGGGCCCAUUUUAGUCAACUCUUUAGAAUUACAGGUGAACUUGAGUCUCAUAAAUCAAACACAGCUUGUUGAUGAACAAAUAUUGGUAACCUGCUGGUUUUCUACAAAAAAUGUUAUUUAAGAAAACUAACUGAUGUUAAUUUUAGUUAAUAGUGUCAGUUGGUACUAUUGGUCAAAGCAAAAACAGAAAAUAGUGUCAGCCUCUCCAGUGUGAGGUUUCUUCUGUUUUAUAUGGUUUUCAAUUGAACAUCUUUUGGGUUUUGGACUCUUGAUUGGACCAACUGAGCAGCUUUUGGUUUUUACAGUUUACAGACCUUUAAUGAUCUUUUGGUUCUUUUAUAUCAGUUUUACACAUGGACAUCAGUUUACGCAUCAUGCAGAGCUGUAUUAAAUCCUGUGCUUAAGGUGCUGUGUCAGCUUUGAGAGAAUAACCCCUGAUGAUGUCAUGGUGAUGUCAUCAGGAGGCUAGUCAUUUUUAACACAAAGCCUGUGUUUUACAAACUCCUGCACAGUUUGAAAGACGUGGGCUUUCACCAGACAGAAGGCUCUGACAAAAAGAUGCGGUCAAGUUGCAUUAUGGGAAAUGUAGGAUCCAUUGUAUCUUGGCCUCAUCUGCUUAGAUUUUGACCCUUAUUAAUUAUUAUUGUUAUUAAGUGCCCUUUAAGUUCUAGAAACCACUGAGUCUGCUGUUACUGGUUAGCAGCAAAGGAGAGUUUCAGUUUCGUCAAAUACUCGAUGUUUUGAUCUACCACGUCCUUGUAUGGAGACAUACUGAAGGAGCAGUACAAGAUGGAGUUCACAGCAUCACUACCAAGUUGAACAAACAAGCAAUGGAGAGAGCUAACGAGAGUGACAAGGAGACAUGAACAACUGAAACUUUAAUGGUAUUUAAAGAGAUGCACAGCUCCUCCACCAGACGCCCAGAGUGGUGAAGAGUUCAGCCGGAGAAUAAACACCUCCUUACAUGUUUCAGUUGAUUGUCGUCAGAGGCAGAGCAGCACCGACUGUUCAGCUGACAAGAAGAAAGAUGGAAGAAUAAAUAAAAAGAAAAGGGAAAAUA